AUGGCAUCGGCAUCGAAUAACUACGUCUCAGCCUGCUCAGAAAUGGCGUCCGAGGUGUCCUCCGAGGUUUCUUCAAUAAACUCAUCGCCGCCCGUAUCGUACUCCAAGGCUUCUAUUGCUGCCCCAGAUCCGCUUUCUGAUCUGCACAGCACAAAAUCGAACGACGCCUCGAGAGCACUGUCUAUAACUAGAACUUUGACUAGCCGGUUCAAUGACAUAAAGAAAGCUGUCGAUGACGACAACGCACAGACGGAGGAGGCUUCCGCAGACGUCAAUAAAAUAUUAGAAUCCAGGUUCGACGUGGCGGACGCCAUUAGGCUACAGCACAAUGAGUCGCUCCAGUCCAACCUGAACAUUCCCGCCACACAAACUGCCACUGCAGGUGCCUCGUCGUGGGCACAGUCUUCUAGCCCAUCUUCCAUUCAGAACGAUACCACAGAACAUAAAGCAUCCAUGGACUCCAAACUCGUGCGGAACAGACUGUACCCGGCGUCCACUAACGGCUCCGGCAAGGAUCUCGAGAACCAGGGAAUACGUGAGUUCGAGCCUGACGAACCUACCGUGAAGAGAGUUUUCACCAAUAAGUCUACGGGGCAGCUGGAACUGCCUCCCGAUGGUGGUUAUGGCUGGGUCGUGACCUUCUGCGUCUUUUUGACCAUGUUUUCCACAUGGGGGUGCAACGCUUCCUUUGGUGUGGACCUUGCCUACUACUUGAACAACGACACUUACCCAGGCGCAUCAAAAUAUGACUACGCCUUAAUUGCCGGCCUCACCGUGUUCCUCGGUCAGAUCUUGUCCCCGUUUGUAAUGGCGCUAAUGAGGAUAAUUGGACUGCGGGCCACCAUGCUCUUUGGCGACGCUGUCAUGCUUGCUGCAUAUCUCUUGGCCUCCUUCACAACCAAGUUAUGGCAGCUGUACCUCACCCAAGGCGUCAUGAUCGGUUGCUCGAUAUCCCUGAUCUUCGUCCCAGCAACAACCGUGUUACCAGGCUGGUUCCUAAAGAAAAGGGCCGUCGCCAUGGGUGUCUCGUUGUUGGGCACUGGUGCUGGUGGUGUCGUUUAUGGUCUGGCCACAAACAAGAUGCUUUCUGACUUCGGUAAUACAAGAUGGUGCCUCCGUAUUCUGGGUAUAUCGUGUAGUCUGAGUGUUCUCGUGGCCAUUGCGCUACUAAAAGAAAGAAAUCCCACGCCUCCCGUAGGAUUGCGGUCACCUCGAGCUAUGUUUGACCAACUCAAAGCAAUGUUUUCACUGAAAGUUAUAACGAAGCCGUUUGUGUCGCUGAUUGCGCUAUGGUUCAUGUUCGCAUUGUUCGCCUACAAUUUAAUGGUCUUUACUCUAUCUUCGUACGCAAUCUCGAAGGGCCUCUCUGCACAUAACGCGUCGACAUUAACAGCCAUUCUGAAUGGUUCGCAAGCUAUAGGAAGACCUCUAAUGGGCCUUGCCGGCGAUAAAUUUGGUCGGGCUAACGUAACCAUCGUAUUAACCUCUCUGCUAACGCUGUACAUGUUCGCUUUUUGGAUCCCUGCCCAUUCGUUUGUCCAGCUGAUUUUUUUUUCAAUAAUGGUCGGCUCAUGUGUUGGUGUCGCUAACGUCAUGAAUACUGUUUUAAUCGCUGAUAUGGUUAAACCAGAAGAGUUUUUGCCUGCUUGGGCCUUUGUCAACUAUUGUGGAGCUCCUUUUUUGUUGGUUUGUGAAGUGAUUGCUCAAGCUUUGACAGUGGAAGAAAAUAAGAGCAACCCUUAUCUGCAUGCGCAGAUUUUUUGCGGUUGCUGUUUUACUGCUGCACUAAUUUUGAUCUCUAUUCUUCGUGAAUACUCUGUAAAAUUGAAACUAACGGAAAGACAGGCAAUCACAAACGAGAAGUUGAAAGAAUGCAAGACAAGCGAAUACGACACCGAUUCUGUCGAUGAAAAUUGGGAUAAAUUAAGGGAAAGGAAGUCAAAAUAUGACCUUCUCUUAGGCCCCGGCAUCAAAAAAUAUUUUUUGAGGAUGGUAUACCCAAUGAAAGUCUAA